CAAACAUGCGUGAGUCUGUAUUAUAUAUAAUUCUGUCUAAAAUCCUACUUAUUCGCUUGUUACGAUCAUGUCCGCGACCAAUGAAGCACAAUAAAAAAAGGGUUGACUGUAUUUUUAGAGUUUGUGACGACUGCUGCUGGUUAAUGAAUGUUUCACUUUAAUUCAAUCCGACAUUGACUGCAAUUCAGUUAAAAAACGACUACUACGCCCCCUAGGAACAGAAAACACGUGACGCCAGUUGGAUUCUUACUCAUUUAAAGUUACAGAGUAGACGGAAAUGAAUCGUUCUGAAAAAUGUUAUGUGACCCAGUGGGAUUACCGUAAUUGAAACGUCAUCACUUGCAGCUGGUGGGAAAUCACAGAACUCGACGUCGAUUGUUGUAAGUAUCUCGCAAGGUACUGUGAAGGCCAACUGAAAAAGGACUCGUUUCUUUUAUUCUCUCUUGACUUUUUUUUCCAACAGGGAUAUUGUUCCUCCAUCAUGGAGGCCUAAACGCCCUUACGGGAGAUGCCUUGAGGGGGGGAGAUGUUUGAGACGUUGUGUGUGCUUGUUAAUAUUUUUUUUAGAUGCAGCACGAUGGAGUUUUGGAAGAGUUUGGAAGGUCAUCUCUCGCACCAUAAACGUUAGCAGGGAUGGGUUCCUUCUCCCCCCCGACCGUAAUGCGGUGGAGUGGGAUAGAAAAUAGAUGGUUGUUGAAGUCCUACAGGAUGGUUAAUUAUGAUCCAGGCUGAUUUUGAAUGUAGCACUUGGUAAUUUAAAGGAUGUUCUAGUCCCUUCAGUUUCUGUUUUACUUCAAUGAAGUUGCUUUCUGUGUGAGUGUGUGAGAGAGUGAUGUCUCAAACAUCUCCCCCCCGAGGGGCAUCUCCUCCUCCUCCCCUAAACAAAUGGAGACUCUUGUUCAACUGAAAAACAACCAGUUUCUGAUGGGAUUGUGUCGCAACGGACCCCCGCCGGACCUGCAGUACGACAACUCUUCAGAACUUUUCCGCAUCUCCACCUUCGCUCGCUUCCCGGCGUCCGGCGUGACGGAGCGCAGCCUGGCCCGAGCCGGCUGGUUCUACACAGGCGUUGGCGAUCGGGUGCAGUGUUUCCGCUGCAAUGUGACUGCCGAGGGCUGGCUGGCCGGCGACUGUCCCAUCGAGAAACAUCGGCAGCUGUCCCCUUCCUGCUCCUUCGUCCAGAGCCUCCCGUCCACCGCCAACCUGCUCUCCUCCUCCCACUCCGCCUUCUCCCCCCUCCGCAUCGCACCCGCCGUACCACUUCCUGGUCCAGGCCCAGCGCCUCCCAACCCUGCAGGAGGAGGAGGUCAAGGGGAGGAGCCAGCGGGCUAUCUGAACAUGGGUUUCUCGGCCCCACCCCCCUCAAGCCCGCUGAGCUCACGCGGUGGGGAGGACAUGUCCCACCAGAGGCCGACGUGCCACAUCCCCGCCAUGCGGCGUGAGCAGGACCGCCUGGACUCCUUCCAGGGGUGGUCGCUGACCAUCAUCACCCCCGCUGAGCUCGCCAAGGCCGGCUUCUACUACCUGGGCUAUGGCGACCACGUGGGCUGCUUCAGCUGUGGAGGGCAGCUGAGUAACUGGGAGCCGGGCGACCGUGCCGCAUCCGAGCAUCAGAGGCACUACCCCAACUGCCGCUUUGUGCGUGGCGACCGUGCCGACAACGUGUCUUUGGCGGCGGCAACCGCCCUCAACAACGUUUCCAAUGCCGGCAUGCAGCAGAGCGAAGAGCGGCUGCUCACCUUCGUCAACUGGCCCAAUCGCAUCCCCGUCAGGCCGGAGCAGCUGGCCAAAGCCGGCUUCUACUACGUGGGUCGCAAUGACGACGUCAAGUGCUUCUGCUGUGACGGAGGACUGCGGUGCUGGGAGUCCGGGGAUGAUCCCUGGGUGGAACACGCUAAAUGGUUCCCGAGGUGUGAGUAUUUGCUCCAGGAGAAAGGUCAGGAGUUUGUCCACCAGAUUCAGGCCCGUUUCCCUCGGCUGUUUGAGCAGCUUCUAACAAACGGAGACAGCAACUCCCGAGAGUUUGUGGACCCACCAGUGGUGCACCUCGGCCCGGGCGACGAGCGCUCUGAGGACGCCGUCAUGAUGAGCACGCCCGUCAUCAAGUCUGCUCUGGAGAUGGGCUUUGAUCGCAGCCUGGUCAAGCAGACUGUCCAGAGCAAGAUCCUGACCAGCGGCGAAAACUACAGGACCGUGCAGGAGCUGGUCUCUGACCUGCUGAGUGCCGAGGACCAGAAGAGGGAGGAGGAGCGGGAGAUGCUCGCUGAGGCCAUGGCGUCAGAUGGUUUCACCUUUGUGAAAAGACACCAGAUUGCUCUGGUCCAACGUUUGAAGAGCGUUGAACCGGUGUUGGAACAUCUGCGAGAACAAAAUGUGCUAACUGCAGAGGAGUACAGCGGUCUGCAGGCGCAGACAUCAGCACAGCAGCAGACGGCCAGGCUCAUCGAGCUUGUCCUGACCAAAGGCAACGCAGCAGCCGAGGUCUUCCGCAACUGGAUCCAGAAGAACGAUGUCCACUUGCUCCGAGACCUGAUGGCUCAGUCAAAUGAAGCAGCAUCCCCUAGUCAAGAUCUGUCAGGACUCCCCAUGGAGGAGCAGCUGCGGCGCCUGCAGGAAGAGCGCACCUGCAAGGUGUGCAUGGACAAGGAGGUCAACAUCGUCUUCAUCCCCUGUGGACACCUGGUGGUGUGCAAGGAGUGUGCACCCUCCCUACGCAAGUGUCCCAUCUGCCGAGGCCUGGUUAAAGGCACGGUCCGAACCUUCCUGUCCUAAACAGAACCACCGUGUUCCAACACACGUUGAAUGUAAUCAAUAGGAGCCUUCCUGCUUUCUCAUCACUACCUUUGCAUUUCAGCCUUGUGUAUGACAUCACUAACAUGUGAUGCUGAAAAUGCCACUCAAACUUUAUUGGUUUUGACAGCAGAAAUAAAGAAGUUAACAUGCACAUUUGUCUUUUCCAACA